CAGUGUGGCCGUGAUGGCAGGCCGAGGGGGCGGCGACGCCUCCGUAGGGCUGCUUCCGUGGGCCGCGGGCGCGCUCAGUGACUCGGACUCGGACGAUGAGGACGGGCUGGCGGCGGCGCUGACCUCCGGGGAGCGGCCGGACCUGGACACGGAGGCUGCGGACGAGGAGGAGGAGGAGGGGGACUCCCCGCAGCCCCCCCCGCAGCCCCCCACGGCGCCCUCCCGGCCCUUCCUCCUGCGCGGCACGAGCCCCACCUUCUCCCUGCGCAGCCACAGCAUCUUCGGGGGUUUGGAGGGUGCGGCCCGGCCCCUGGGGGAGCCGUUCAAGCGGCCCCUGCCUCCUCCCGCGCCCGCGCCCAGCCGCCCCCCGCUCCCCGACUACGUGGCGCACCCCGAGCGCUGGACCAAGUACAGCCUGCACGAUGUCCCGGAGACCAGCGACCGCAGCAACCGCGCCGUGGCCCUGGAGUUCCUCGGGGACCUGAAGAGGCGGGCAGGGGCUCAGAGCCCCGCUCCCCCAGACACCUGUUCUCCCUCCUUCAACCAGGACCCCUCCAGCCGCGGGGCCGGCAGGAUUGUGUUCACCAAGCCUGCCAAGACCGGGGAGCGCAAGCGGCCCCCAGGGGACCUCAGGGAGCCGGGGGAGGAGCCGGUGGCUCUGGGCCACCUGGGCUCGGCAGGGGGUCCCGAGGGAGAGGGGGAGGGAGAGGAGCCCCCCAGGAGGCAAGAGGAGCCCCAGGAUGCGGACAUGGGGGAGGAGGAGGCCGCCCACCCGGAGCCCAGUGAGACCGAGCCCGUGGGCUUCCAUGGCAGCAAAAAGCGGAGCAGGGAGCACCUUCGGCCCAAGGGGACUGGGGAGGAAGAGAAGGAGGAAGCCUGAGGGGUCUCUCCAGCCUCCGAGCUCCAUCCCUUGGAGGCCCUCCCUGGCCAGCGCAGCCCAUGCCCCAGUUCUUGUACCCGCCUGACCGUCCUGACCCCCCUCCCCCAGGUCCCCCAAGACAAGGGAUCCAAAGCAAAACCCGACCAGCAGAAGCAGGGAAGGGGAAUGCACCCGGCCUCUUGCUGUCCAUCCCUCCCCCAGGCCUCUGGCUUGCUUUGUCCUUGUGAAGACAAUAAAAGGUUUCUCUGAA